AUGUUAACAAAGUUAAAUAUUCCUUGUGUAUGGGGUGGUCAUUUGGCUGGAAUUUUACUAAGAAAUCAUGCUGCGCUCUCAGUCAAGAAACCAACAAAGAAAAUCAUUGGUGUUCAUGGAUGGCUGGAUAAUCUUAAUUCAUUAUUACCUAUAGCAGAAAGAUUAAUAGAUCGUAAUCCAAAUUAUGAAAUUUAUUUAUAUGAUCGUUCUGGUCACGGGUUUUCCAGUCAUCUUCCAAAGGGUUCUGAUUAUUCGUAUGCUUAUGGUCUACGAGAUCUUCGUAUUGUUGCACAAACUCUUGGUUGGAAUAAAGAAAAAUAUUCUUUGCUUGGUCAUAGUUAUGGAGCACAUAUUUCAUUUGCAUAUGCAGCAUCUUAUCCAGAAGAAAUUUCAUGUCUUGUUGCAUUUGAUUCUAUUAUUGGAGGCGAAUUUGCAUCGAACCCUUUAUGGAAAAACACUGCUACUCGUAUUGAUAAGAGUAUUGCAUAUUACAAUCAACCACCUAAAUCAUACCAAACUGAAUUAACAUAUGAAAAAGCUAUUGAAUUAGUAAAAAGUUCAAGACUUGGUAUUGAUGAUGAAUCAGCAAAAUUGCUUGUCGAACGAUCAGUUCGUCGAGAUGAACAUAAUAAACUAUAUUUUACACGAGAUGAAGCAUUAAGAAAUUUGCAAUUAUUACCAUUUAGUCAACAUUCGGCUGAAGAAGCAAUUAAAGUUAUUCAAGCAUCGAUUCUGUUCAUUGGAACGAUCAAGCCUCGAUGGCCUGCAUCUAAACGUUCACUUGAAUUAUUAAAAGAACAUAAUCCAAAUUUUGAAAUGCAGUUGAUCGAUGGACCUCAUCAUUUUCAUAUGACAAAGGCUGAUGAAACUGUCGAGCACGUCGAUCGAUAUUUGAAUAAAUAUCUUAAAUAA